AUGUUACAAACGAACAUCCUGUAAGAGGAACUCUGAGUGACCGAGGAGCGCUGUGAUUGGUCCAGAAGAGACUGAAUGUAGUGAUUCAGUCCAGAACCUCCAAACCCGGAUUUGAUGUUCCUCCAUAAGCUUGGAGAAAAUCCCAGAACCAGCCGGUUCUGGUCUGACGGUCCUGGAGAAAAGCAUCAACAAACAGAGAGGAAAUGAAGUCCAGGUUCUUCUUCUGAGGAGGUACCGGACUGUUUAUGGACCUCAGAGGAAGAACCUCAAACAGAACCAAACACUCUUGAUUUAGACAGACCCACCUCACAACAAGAGCCGGUCCAGACCAGAACCUAAAGACCGGAUCAGACUGAGUUACAGUGGAGGAGGCAGAAACCUGGAGCAGGACCAGACUGAGGUUCGAGACUGAGACCGUGUUCAUGUGUUCAUCUCAUUCACUCCCUCACAGAAUCAUCCUCCUGAGUCUGAUACGAAGGCUGACGGCGGCGGCGGCGGCGGCAGCUGCAGGACGUGUGUUUUUGAUUUCCCCGACACCUGGAACAGAGACUCAUCUGACCGCAAUCACGGCGAAGGAAACGGCGAGGUUGUUUGGCGUCCUGGCUUCAGUCAAACGCUCGCUCUGAGCCGUCCUCGAUGUUCUGCAAGAGCUGCUGCUGCUGCUGCAGAGAUAAACAUUUCAAUUAGAGGAGAAGAAGAAGAAGAGCGGGGGGGGCGGGGUCAUUUAAUAUGGCUGAUGUGGCGAGGAGAGGACAGCUGGGACGGUUGCUUUGGCUUCACUGAGCUUCAGCGGACAGAGCUGCACCCCCCCACCCACCCACCCACCGGACAGGCGGGCCGUGGGUGGGUGCAGCACUGGGUGGCAGGACGCUGCUGCUGCUGCUGUGACGCCUCGAGGCGCUGGCGUGCUGCACGGCGAGGAAAGAAAAACAGAUGUUGACAAUCAGCUCUUUUUUCUCCGCUCAGUGAGAGAGGAGGCGGGGGAGGCGCUCCGAUUCAGGAGAACUUAGGGAGAAAUUAGAGAAACGUGUCGCUGCGGCCUCUGAUCGUACAUUUACGAUCAAUUUAUUACCGUAAUUACUGUAAAAGACGGACACAAACAUAUUCAAAGUGAGGACAAACUAACUGGGUGGGGACUCUGCAGAUGUUUCUAUGGACACGAGGAGCAGAGGAGAAGAGGAGGAGGAGAAGAGGAGGAGGAGCAGAGGAGAGGAGGAGGAGAGGAGAAGAUGAAGAUGAAGAGGAGGAGAGGAGGAGAGGAGAAGAGGAGGAGGAGAGGAGGAGGAGGAGGAGAUGAAGAUGAAGAGGAGAAGAGGAGGAGGAGGAGAGGAGAAGAUGAAGAGGAGAGGAGGAGGAGGAGGAGCAGAAAAGUUGUAGAGGAAAUUACAAACCUUAAAAUCUGUCCUCAUAGUAAAGGUUUUAGCGUUCUCACUGUUUUUCUGAUCUAUUAAAUCUAUUUCGUCUCCAUGGAAACAGAUUUACUGUGUUUUUAUAAAUUUGUGUCUCCAUCUUAAAGUCCGUCGUCUCUGCUCUUAAUUCAGUUUAAAUCAAAGGAGCUCAGAUACUGGCGUUAAAGUCAGAUCAAUAAACUCAUGGAUCAAUAAACACAUGGAUCAAUAAACACAUGGAUCAAUAAACACAUGGAUCAGUAUAGAUCAACACGUUUCCUGGUCUGUUUUUUUUCAGCUCCUUCAGACGAGGAAACAAAGAUUUUCAGGUUUUCGGAGGUUUGAGUUCGUUUCUUAGUUUGUGUUAAAAAAAUCACAGACCAGGACCAGACCAGGACCAGAGACGCUUGAACCUUCAUGUGAUGGAGACCAUCUGAACUGGAUCCUGGGCCUGGUGUAGACAGUCAGUAUUUACCCUCCCCAGUGUUAUACUGGUUUAUACUGGUGUGAUGAUAUUGAGGUGAUUGAACAUAAACCAGACUGACUCUACAGACAGUAAACAGAAUAAACACUAAACUCUGAGUAAAGAAAUAAAUGAUCAAUAAAUGAAAUAAAUGAUCAAUAAAUGAAAUAAAUGAUGAUUUCCUUUUUCUUCUGUUUUCUCUCCUGCAGGAUCUGAACUGCUGCAGAGUUUCAGUCCUCAGAGAGUUUCAGACGAGCAGCAGGUGAAAGAAGAAGAAGAAACACCUUCAGGGAUUUCUGUCCAACUCUGA